GGUAAACUGAAGCUCAGGACAGCAGGAGCCUGAGGAGCAUCAGAGCCCGGUAACCUGCCUGAAAUAAACCUGCAAUAAGCCCACAGUGCCUUUAUUCUGAUCCGCAGUGGAGUUUAAGGCAGCAUGAGGACUUUAGUGGUGUGGACGGCGCUCAGUGUGUGUGUACACAUCUCAGUGACGGCCUGCUCAGUUAAAAGGCUGGGUAGUAACCCUUGGCGGUUCGCCAAUGCCACUUUAGUGCGCCUGUCAGAGUAUUUAAGUGCUGGAUAUAAAAAAGGAGUGCGACCUGUAAAAGACUGGCGGGACUCAACCAUGGUGGCCAUCGACUUAAUGGUCUAUUCAAUCCUGAAUGUGGAUGAGAAGAACCAGGUUUUGACAACAUACGUGUGGUACAGGCAGCAAUGGAUCGAUGAAUUUCUUGUGUGGAAUCCUGAGGAUUUUGAUGAUGUUCGGAAGAUCUCAAUCCCAACUGCAAAUGUCUGGGUACCUGACAUUCUCAUCAAUGAGUUUGUAGAUGUUGGAAAGUCUCCCGACAUCCCAUAUGUGUAUGUAAGCAAUGAGGGACUCGUGCAGAACUACAAGCCCAUUCAGGUGGUAACAGCCUGCUCUCUCAACAUCUACAACUUCCCAUUUGACGUCCAGAAAUGUAGUCUCACUUUCCAGAGCUGGCUGCACACUAUUAAUGACAUCAACAUCACGCUAAUGAGGACCCCGCAGGAAGUGAAGGAGGACAAGUAUGUGUUCAUGAACCAGGGAGAGUGGGAGCUGCUGCACGUCCUGUCCAAAUACAAGUCCUUCAGUGUGGACAACAAUAACUACUAUGCUGAAAUGAAGUUCCACGUGGUGAUUCGCCGCAGACCGCUGUUCUACACCGUCAAUCUACUUCUCCCCAGCAUAUUCCUGAUGGUGAUGGAUAUAGUGGGCUUCUACCUUCCCCCUGACAGUGGAGAGAGAGUAUCCUUCAAGAUCACUCUGCUGUUGGGAUACUCCGUCUUCCUCAUCAUCGUCUCUGACACGCUGCCAGCCACCGCCAUUGGCACCCCUCUCAUUGGUGUGUACUUCAUUGUGUGCAUGGCCCUGCUGGUGAUCAGCCUCACAGAGACAGUGCUGAUUGUGAGGCUGGUGCAUAAGCAGGACUUGCAGACACAUGUGCCGCAGUGGGUCAAGUACCUGGUGCUGGAGAAAGCCACUGUGCUACUCUGCAUCCGCAACAAGAAGUUCUGCUCAUUGCUGUCGCACGAAUCUGACCUGCCACGCUACACAGAGAACAACAUGAACACAGUGCGCUGUAACCACCACCACCACUGUGAUAGCUCCAGAGACAUGGACAGGAAUCUUGUUAUGGGACUUCCCAUUCGGGACAGCACUCCUCCGGUCAUGGACAACAUCCUGCACGAAGUCUCGUCCAUCCGGCAGUACCUGGAGAAGAGACAGGCAUGUCGAGACAUCGCAAAGGAGUGGCUGCAGGUGGGCUACGUGCUGGACGUGCUACUCUUCAGGGUCUACCUGCUGGCCAUGCUGGCCUACAGCAUCACCCUGGGCACACUCUGGUCUGUCUGGCAAUACGCCUGAGAUAGUAGAGAAAUGCUUCCUUAUGCUGUCUCUCUUCUUAAAAGCAGAUGCUGUGUGUUGACAGUUAACACAUUUGUGUAAAAUUGACAUACACUCGACACAACCGGUGUCCCACAUCAGAAUUGCUAGUGGGUCAAGCACUGCAGGAAGACUGCAGUAGGUGUGUCAGCAAGACUCACUAUGCCACUCAACAAUCUCAGCUUUUACUGCAAUAUAUAACCGCUGAUGUCACUUUAAAUGUUGGAUAAAAUGUUUGGUUGUGUACAAGUAUGUAUAAGAUCUGAAUAAACAUUAUAGAAAUCGAUAAAGACUUUAAAGAUAAAGUCUGAACCUUAAACCAGAGCACCUAACCAGCAUUCGCAUCUGUAGCUACUAUUGCUGUAUCUGAAGUGACUUUUUGAAAAUUGUGGUCAACCCCCUUACAGAAAAGUCACAUGUUUUUCACAUACUUUUUUCCACAUGUGAUUUCUCACAUGAUACAUUUAAUUUUCACAAGUAUUUUUUUCCCCACAUUUUUUUUAAACAAAUGAUUUCUUUAUUUUGUGAUUAAUUUUGAGUUAUUGGUCACAUGUUAUUUUUUUCUGCAUCUAGGGCAUGUGAUUUAAUCUUCCACAUGUGAUUUCUAAUAAGAUUAUUAAUUCAUUUUUGAUAUGUAGUGCAUGUGGUGUUAUUUUUCACAUGUGAUUUCUCACACAAUUCAUUUUGAUGUGAUUUUCUUACAUAAUUUCAUCUGGUUUUCAUAUGUUAAUUUUUCAUGUGUAGGGCAUAUGUUUCUACUUUGACAUAUGAUGUCUCACAUGACUGAUUCAACUUUCACAUUACUCACAUAAUCACAAAAGGAAAACCAUAUGAUCAAGGGCCUUGUCAAUGUGAAUAUAAUAUUAUGAAUAUAUUUAUGAAGACUGUUAAAGAUAUCACAUGUUGAGCUUCUGUCAUCAACAACAGCAAUUCAGAAUGGAGUGAUUUGUUAUACAUACCCUGCUGUUACAUUUUUUUAAAUCAUAAUUUCUAUUCUCUGUGUAUGCCUUAAUCAUUUUAAUGACACUGUCUUCUUCUCUUAAUUGAAGUGUGUACUGAAAUGCAAUGUAUCUAAAGUGUGCAAAUGUUGAAUGUUAAUGGUAGAUAAUAUCCAAAAUAUCUCAAUGUCUUACAUACCUGUGAUCAUACACAUACACAUUUUUCUUCUAGAUCAGCCAAGACAUGUUUGGUGUCUUGAGUUUGCUUCUUUACACUGGAGCUACGAGGCUAAUGUAGCUAACAAGUAAGAGAAGCUUAGAGCUAGCAGUUUAAGUCUAAAUCAACACACACACCUCAAAAGACACAGUUUGGCUCCAUAGUAGCAUUUGUACAUAAACAGUUACAUAAAAUAAUAAUUACUAUCAAAAAAUUAAAUAUCCCAAACAAACCGAAACUAUAUGAUAACCUGAAUCACUUCUAGCAUACAGUUCAGUUCUAGCUGACUCAGAUGAUAGCGUGGAAUGAGAGCAAAGCUGAGGAAGAAAGCUUGGCUUCAAGAUGGCUGCCACGACUGUUUUUAGCACUGGGAUGUACUUUUUGUAAUUUCUUUUAGAUGACUGUGUAUUAUACAAUGUCAGAAUGUGUAAUGAUUUAGGUUUAGCAUUAAAGGAAAAUUCGCCCUGAAUGACUUGCAUAUUAAUUUUUAUAAUUAACACAUUACAGCAUGUUCCAAAAGUCUCCAUACAUAGGGGAAAUUAACACUUUUUUUUAGCAAAAAAGUCUUCCAAAAUUUUUCAUAUAGUUUUUAAGAUAGCCUUUAAGGAUGUCUUUGACAAAGGAAGAACGUAUUGAAAUCAUUCUCAUGGCUGGAAUCUUCGCAAGGCAACAUGGCAAGCACAUCACACAUGACACUGUUGCCAAAAUUAUUUACAAAUUCAAAAAAGCUGGAAGUGUUGUGGACCAACUGAGAGGUGGACGUCCACGAACAGCCACUGACGAAGGAACAAGCGAUGUGGUGCUGGUGUACAUAGUCCCCUAUGUGUGGAGACUUUUGGGACACCCUGUAUAUCCAAUGUCCAAGAUUCAUUUUGUAAUCAAAGUUGAGUUUUUUUUAUUUUAAGUUUAAAUUUCUUUCAUUGCAAUGCUAGUUUAUUUUUACUUUGGUUAUCAGUUUCUUACAUUACCCACAAUGCUGUUCAACUACCUGCUGAUAGUGGUGCCAGUAGGAUUUAUGCUGCAUUCAUCUUACGGAUGUCGGGAUGUCAGAGCUCGGAAUGACGUCAUAUUCCACUUCUGAGCACUCGAGCUACAAAGUAGGGAAAAAAACCAUGGAUGCCUACAUGUUUAUCUUUUGUUAGCAACAAGCUAGCCAGCUAACUGUGAUGAGUAUAUUCUUCUUCUGAAAUGUUAAAUGUUAUAGAUUAAAAAGCAUAUAUCUGUGUAUUAAAUGUUAUAGAUUUAACAAGCAAAUAUGUCUGUAUGUUGAUUGAUCUAAAGCAAGUACUUGUAUUUCCACAUAAACCAUUUAAAAGUAAAAAGUGCUACUGUGUUUACUGCUGACGCUGUGCGCAACCAUGUUGAUUUGAUGUCACUUGCUGAACUUGGAGGAACUUGAGCUAAGGAGGCCCUGAGUAGGAAUUCUGAGUAGGAAUUUUCUUUUUUUUGUGUGUUGUAGAGCUGCACUGCAUUCUGGGACUCUGAGUCCAGUGUUUGCUGUCUCCACUGCUUCUACACUGGAUUUUCAUUAAUAUGACAUUGAAUGUCUCUGGAAAAUGGUGAGUGAGAAAAGUUCUUGCUCUUUUGGUUUUAGGAAGCAACAGCAAAACUUGACCAUUAUGUUUAAGAUCGUUGAUUUUUUUUUUCUCGCCUAUUAAAUGCCAUUUUAAUGAUGCAAACAGUGUCCUCCCAAUGACAUCAGCACUGCCCGCACACUUCUUACAGGAAUAAUCAAAUCAGAGCACCAACCUACAAAUUAGCACCACAAUCACUAAACACAUCACAAUAUUGCAAUAUAAAUGUAACGUGUUUCAGGGUGGACUUUUCCUUUAAGAUGCUUCUUAUUUGUUAGCUGUAUUAGCCUGGUAGCUUCAGCGCAAAACAGCACAAAAAGAACCAAACUAAGACAACAAUUAUCCCUCGGCUGAUUAACUACAUUAUGGUUAAGAGGGAAAAAUCUGCCUUUAACUGGGCUCACUAGCUCUUUCCAUGAUUAUAUGGAAGUUGGACAUUAUUAGUCGCCUUAGGACUAAACCUAAAUGUACUUAUAGUAAAGAUUUUUGUAACCUCACCAGGAGGCUUAUUGUGAUUGGAUAAACGGCACUGACACCCUAGACAAUUAAAGGAAAAAUCAGUUAGACAGACAAUGGCAGCAUUGAUCACAAUACAAUCAAUGCAACAUCAUCUAGGCAGCCUGUCGGAGCACGCUUUCUGCAAUUCACAAGCCAUUAUCCCAUCAGCCAGGGCUGUAAAACAGUAAGUCAUUUGAUAUACUUAUUGCUACAGUUAGUCUUAACUGUUGACACAUGGCA